AUGAGAAGAGCCCGAGAUGGCUAUCAGUAUCAACCCAUUCCUCGGGUUGCUACAGAAGAUGUUCUCGAACAUGAAAACGAAAGAAUGGCAGAAGAACUUAGUGGAAAAAUAAGUACACUAAAACAUAUGUCAAUAGAGAUAGGUAAUGAAGUAAGAUAUCAGGACAAGAUUUUACGUGGAUUAGAUGACGAUGUUGAUAGAAGUUCUGGUUUCUUGGGAAAAACGAUGGGUAGAGUGUUAAAGCUGGGAAAAGGCAAUCAUAAUUACUACAUAUUUUAUUUAUUCUUGUUCUCAAUUUUUGUAUUCUUUCUGCUUUAUAUUGUUUUAAAAUUCAGAUGA